UUGACUCAUGAUUUCAACUUUGAGAAUUAUCGGUAAAUUAAAAAUGUUUCAUUUUUAUUAUUUGCUGAAAUAUUCUAAUAAAUAAUGUUUACUAAAUGAUGAAUGGAAAUAGAAAAAAUACCUGGACUGGACAGUAUACACAUUUCCUUAGCUUUGUAACUCUACAGUACGAAUGAAACCUGAUUAAAACUCUGAGUUACCGAAUACACACUGUAUGUUCUACGGAUAUAGUUGAAGAAGAGCUAAAAACCAUGCGUAAUACCCUUAGGGAAAACGUUUACCAUAGAAAGUUUAUAAUUGAAUAUAUGAUCACGAAGGUUAGAAUAACCAAAAUACAAACGAUGAAACAGAAAUCUAUUUUUUGAUGCGCCUACAAUUCAGAGGGGAUGAGGCUAGUGAAAUAUUAACUCAUAUAUUACGCAGAACAAUACAAAACUCUUUCAAAGCCGUAGAACUACGAUUAGUGUUUACUACGCAUCCAAUGAUGACACUGAAGCUAAAAGAUGAAUUACCUAGAAUAACUAACUCAUUUCGUAUUUAUCAGUUCAACUGCCAUUGUGGAACAAUUUACAUUGGUCGAAGUUCUAGAAGUUUACAUUUUCGUGCUCGCAAACACUUCCCAGAAAGAAUAAACAAAGGUCUCCUGAAGAAAACGAACAUCUGAUAUUGACCCAUUUAGUGUAAACCAAUCUUUUAAA